CGACUGACGGCGGAUGUGACCGCAGCCGCCUGGAAAAGCUCCGUGAGUGGCGGCGCGAGGCUCGGCUGGAUGCGUCUGCUUGGUCUCGUACUGUUGUGAUUCUGAACUCCUCAAGGUUUUCUCCUUUGAAAAGAUUUCUUCAUCUCGUCCUGAACGCCGCUCGAUUCCUCGAUGGGUUCUCGCAGCCAAGGCUUCUUCCACCACCACCGCAGCUCCAUGUUGCCGGCCACAGUGCCGCGGCUGCUGCCCGAGAAUGGGAGCCUGCUGGGAGGCAUCGCCCAGAUCACCCCGAACCUCUUCCUCAGCAGGGGCAACGUGGCGUCCAACCGCAGCCUGCUGCUGUCCAAAGGCAUCACCUGCGUGGUCAACGCCACCAUCGAGCUGCCCAACUUCAACUGGCCUCACAUGGAGUAUGUGAAGGUCCCGCUGGCCGACAUGCCCCACUCCCCCAUCUCCCUUUACUUCGACAGCGUGGCCGAUAAGAUCCACAGCGUGGGCCGCAAACGAGGGGCGGUCCUGGUGCACUGUGCAGCCGGGGUGAGCCGCUCGGCCUCGCUGUGCCUGGCGUACCUCAUGAAGUACCACCGCGUGUCUCUGGCUGAGGCCCACGCUUGGGUCAAGGCCCGCCGUCCUGUCAUCAGGCCCAACGGAGGCUUCUGGCGCCAGCUGAUUGAGUACGAGAGGAGGCUGUUCGGCAGGAACUCUGUUAAGAUGGUGCAGACGCCCUACGGGGUCAUACCCGACGUUUACGAGAGGGACCGCAGGACCCUCGCUCCGUACUGGGGUCUGUGAGCGUCGGUCGCAACUCUGUCUGCGCUCAA